CUCACUUGGCAGUAUUUAGGGUCCAGGAACAUCAGGCUUUUGGGCUUCCAUGGUCACAUUGUCAGGAUGAGAUCUCGGUGAGCAAGUAGAAAGCCGGACAUGAAUGACCCCGCAUGGGCAGAGAAACCUGGGACAAGCCCCAGUGAGGACGAGAAGAUGCGGAGCCCCCACAACCUGCCGGGUCCUGAGGAUGACGAUUCUUCCUCGGAGAGCUGCAACGGAAAUGUCUUUUCUGCUCUGAAUCCGUCCACCAUUCCUCCCAACACGAGUCGCGAUGCAUCCCUUCCUGACAUGAACGGGAAUCCCACCGCUCCCGCCCCGGAACUUUCCACCUCGGCUGACGAUCAACCCAUUAAUCUCAGCGAUAAGAUGCACCCGUCUCUAGGGGCCCAGCCUUACCCAUCAGAUGGCUGCACAGCAGAGGUCGUCCAUAACCGCGGAAAAUACAUCCUCAAAGCCACUUCCGAGUCCCCUCCAUACAGUUCUGGAAGUUACGACUCUGUUAAGACAGACGUUAGCUGCUGUGCUGAAGACCUGACAGUCGGAAGAACCCCCGCUGGGGAUGAUGACGAUGAUGAUGACCAUGAAGAUAAUGACCGCAUUACAGACACAGAAGGGCUGGACCCAGAGCGUCUGAAAGCUUUUAAUAUGUUUGUUCGCCUGUUUGUGGAUGAGAACCUGGACCGCAUGGUUCCCAUUUCCAAACAACCCAAGGAGAAGAUUCAAGCCAUCAUAGAGUCUUGCAGCCGCCAGUUUCCUGAAUUCCAAGAGCGUGCGCGAAAACGCAUUCGCACGUACCUGAAAUCCUGCCGGCGCAUGAAGAAGAACGGAUUGGAGAUGGCCAGGCCAACACCUCCCCACCUGACUUCGGCUAUGGCUGAGAAUAUCCUGGCUGCAGCCUGUGAGAGCGAGUCACGGAAAGCAGCCAAGAGGAUGAGACUUGAGAUCUACCAGAACACUCAGGAGGAGAACGCUGUGGUGGAGAAACCCUCGGGACACGGACAGUCCACCUUUCCACUGUCAGCCGGCACCUUCAGCCAGGACCCUGUAUACAUGAACGGAAGCCUCCAUUAUACAUACCGUGGAUAUGGGCCCAUUGGGGGGAGCCUUCCCCCUCCCACCUCACUGCCAGCUGGAAACCAUUGCAACGGCCCAACAGACCUCAGCAUGAAAGCGUUGGCAUCCGGCAGCACCCACAACAAUGCCACCAGCCGGGCGAUACCGUGUGCCCAGCUCAGCCCCACCGAGAUCGGCGCCGUCCGGCAGCUCAUCGCUGGCUACAGAGAAUCGGCCGCCUUCCUCCUACGCUCCGCCGACGAACUGGAAAACUUGAUAUUGCAGCAAAACUGACUGGUGCUCCUCAGCGACCUCCAACCUCAAUCUGUUGUUUUAGAACUAAGACGAGACGUCUCUCCCCCCUCCGGACAGAGUCACAGACGGCGAACCUGUC